CUUUCCGUGCCGAUAGCGCUCUCGCAAACAUGGUGAACGUUCCUAAAACCCGCCGGACUUUCUGUAAGAAGUGUGGCAAGCACCAACCCCACAAAGUGACACAGUACAAGAAGGGCAAGGAUUCGCUGUAUGCCCAGGGAAAGCGGCGGUAUGACAGGAAGCAGAGUGGCUAUGGUGGGCAGACUAAGCCGAUUUUCCGGAAAAAGGCUAAAACUACAAAGAAGAUUGUGCUGAGGCUUGAAUGUGUUGAGCCGAACUGCAGAUCUAAGAGAAUGCUGGCUAUUAAGAGAUGCAAGCAUUUUGAGCUGGGAGGAGAUAAGAAGAGAAAGGGCCAAGUGAUCCAGUUCUGAGCUUCAUAUUUUGUUUUGUUAUGAAGACAAUAAACAUUUGAGAUUGUUUAAAAAAAAAAAAA